GUCCGACGACCAACGAAGACACUUCACAGCAGAUAUUCAUUGCGAACGAUACAUUGUAAAAAUGUAUCGGUAAAAAAGUAAAUUUGGAAAUUAACCAACUCGUUCUCAAAAGUUACAAAGAAAAAAAAAAAGAGUGAAAAAUCUGUCAUUUUAUGCAAUAUCAACGAAAAAGUGCACUUUUAAAGUGAAAAUUAUAAAAUAUUAGUGAAUUGCGUUGUUUGAUACAUCGACAUAAACAUUAGCACAAGAAAAGAAACAUUCAGAUCUUGUGUCAUUUGAAAUUGUUUUUCAUACGCAUACUGCGAAUAGUUUUGAAAUAAAGACGACGAAAGGUUUAUUCAGAAAUGACACAAUAUUUGCCACCAAAUUUAUUGGCACUAUUUGCUCCACGCGAUCCAUUACCAUUUCUACCACCACCCGAUAAAUUGCCACAUGAAAAGAAAACAAAAGGUUAUUUAGGCGUUGGACAGUUUUUGUCGAAUUUUGAGGAUCCUAGUGAAACUCCGCCACCAACCCGUGUUGAAACACGUGAGGAACGUUUAGAGCGACGUCGAAAAGAAAAGGCUGAACAAGUUGCUUAUAAAUUAGAGCGUGAGAUCGCCAUUUGGGAUCCAAAUCAACUUCAAGAUGCCACAGAAGAUCCCUUCAAAACAUUAUUCAUCGCUCGUAUCAACUACGAUACCUCGGAAUCGAAACUGCGUCGUGAGUUUGAAGUGUAUGGGGCAAUUAAAAAAAUUGUCCUAGUUCACAAUGUUGACACAGGAAAGCCUCGUGGCUAUGCUUUUAUCGAGUACGAACAUGAACGUGAUAUGCAUUCUGCGUACAAACAUGCUGAUGGUAAGAAAAUUGAUGGUAAGAGAGUAUUGGUCGACGUUGAGCGCUCAAGAACGGUCAAAGGAUGGCUUCCUCGUCGUUUAGGUGGUGGUUUGGGUGGAACAAGACGUGGCGGUCCUGAUGUAAAUAUUAAACAUUCUGGACGAGAAGACAAUGACAGAGAACGAGAAAGAUAUCGCAUGGAAAGAGAGCGUGAUGAUUAUAGACGCGACUUUCGAGACAGAGAACGACGUGAUCGUCGAUCACGGUCUCCGAAAGUUCGUGACCGUGUUAGAAGUAGAAGUCGAGAUCGCAAAGAACGGAAACGACGACGAUCAGAGGAAAUUGAAUACGAGAGAAGAGACUCACGUCGUGAUCGUGAAAGAGAAAAGGAACGUAAACGUAGUAAGCGAUCGAGAUCCCGAGAAAGAAAGCGAGAUAAACGUGAUAAAUCACGUGACAAACGCGAUAAAGAGCGUAAAGAACGAAAACCAGAAUAUGGUGAAAUUAAAAUCAAAGAAGAACCAGUUGAUGAUGAUUAUCCUGACUAUAAUUCACGUAUCUACAGUUCAUACGGAGCCGAAGUCAAGUAUGAAGAUGGCGAAGAACAGAAAUAUCGACCGCAGGAAAACAAUGGCCAGUACGGACAUAAUGACGAUGAUGACUAUGAUGACAGAGGAUACUAAGUUUUAUAAGUUUUUAGCGUGUAGCAGCGGAGCUCAUACAAAUGCGUUACUGUCAAUUUAUACGGUAUUGAAGUAACGCAAUAUUGAACUCUCCACAAUUAAUAUUAAUCAAGCAAAAAUGAUUCGAUUAAUUAUUAAUUUUUAUUUUUAUUUUUGAAUCUAAGAAAAACAAGUUAAAUGCUCCGUAAAAUAUUUCAUUUGCGCUACUUUUAUCUCGCUUUCGUUCUCCAAAAUAUACAAAAAUCGUUUUUUUGGUAGGUAUACACAAGUUAAUUACAAUUUUCCUAUAAACAAACAACAACAAAAUUAAUAACUUUGACAGGCGCUAUGAUUUGUAAAUUUUAUUAAUCAAAUGUUAUUUUGCAAACGGAAUAAAGUGAACGAAAACGGCUUUUGCAGUGGCAAACACAAUAAAAAUUACAAACAUAUUUUCA